GGUCACGUGAUUCGAGACACCAUGGCGCUGCCCUCCGUGGUCUCAGCCCACGUGGUUCCGGGACCGAAAAUGGCGGCGGCGGCAGGCAGCCCGGCUUCGCUCGAGUCCGCUCCACGCAUCAUGCGGCUGGCGGCUGAGUGCAGUCGCUCCAGAGCCCGGGCGGGCGAGCUGCGGCUGCCUCAUGGAACCGUGGCCACCCCGGUGUUCAUGCCUGUGGGAACACAGGCCACCAUGAAGGGCAUCACCGCGGAGCAGCUGGACAGCCUGGGCUGCCGCAUCUGCUUGGGCAACACCUACCACCUGGGGCUGAGGCCGGGCCCGGAGCUGAUCCAGAAGGCCCAGGGGCUUCACGGCUUCAUGAACUGGCCCCACAAUCUGCUGACGGAUAGCGGCGGCUUCCAGAUGGUGUCUCUGUUCUCCCUGUCCGAGGUGACCGAGGAGGGCGUCCGCUUCCGCUCGCCCUACGACGGCCAAGAGACACUUUUGAGCCCAGAGAGGUCUGUGGAGAUCCAGAACGCUCUGGGCUCUGACAUCAUCAUGCAGCUGGACGACGUGGUGAGCAGCACGGUGACAGGCCCUCGAGUGGAGGAGGCCAUGCACAGGUCGGUCCGCUGGCUAGACAGAUGCAUCGCAGCCCAUAAGCAUCGGGACAAGCAGAACCUGUUUGCCAUCAUCCAGGGUGGACUGAAUGCCGAUCUUCGGACCACUUGCCUGAAAGAGAUGACCAAGAGGGAUGUGCCGGGCUUCGCCAUUGGAGGUCUGAGUGGGGGAGAGAGCAAGGCACAGUUCUGGAAGAUGGUGGCAUUAAGCACCUCCAUGCUGCCCAAGGACAAGCCGAGAUACCUGAUGGGGGUUGGCUAUGCCACUGAUUUGGUAGUCUGCGUGGCCCUUGGAUGUGACAUGUUCGACUGUGUGUACCCCACACGGACAGCGCGGUUUGGCUCCGCUCUUGUGCCCACUGGGAACCUGCAGUUGAAGAAGCAGCAGUACGCCAAGGACUUCAGUCCCAUAAACUCCGAGUGUCCCUGUCCCACCUGCCGGAAGCACAGCCGCGCCUUCCUGCACGCCCUGCUGCACAGUGACAACACCGCAGCCCUGCACCACCUAACUGUGCACAACAUUGCCUACCAGCUGCAGCUCCUGAGCACCCUGCGGAGCAGCAUCUUGGAGCAGCGCUUUCCUGACUUUGUGCGAAACUUCAUGCGCACCAUGUAUGGUGACCAUAGCCUGUGUCCUGCCUGGGCCGUUGAAGCACUGGCCUCCGUGGGAAUCACACUCACAUGACCUGGUUGCCCGGGGACGGACGCUGGGGCAUGGGGGAUACUGAAGGGCUCUUCUUUUAAAAAGAUUUUGUUACUGUUUUUUGUUUUCAUCUGAGAUCUUGUGUCUUCUUGGGAAGGUGGCCUGUCUGUCUUCUUCCCGGUCCCAAGCUUCACUGUAGAUGGAUGUCUUGCUGCUUCUUCGUAGGAAGUAACAGGGAGUGCAGGAGAGCCCAGUGGUUAGGUAUGCGUCAGGCGGCCCUGAGUGUGAUCCAGGAUGGAGAAAGAAAGGCAGAGUCGGAAAGGUCGGAGGUGGCCCUGAGGCCUUGAGUUUAAUCUGGUGGCUCUCGGCUGUAAUCCCAGCUCUAGGAAGGUAGUCCUUGUAGGACAGCUGCAAGUUCAAGGCUAACUCGGUUUUCAUAGCCAGCUGGGGCCUGAGAAGUAACCAGAGAACCAGUGGAGUAAUGGGAACCACCAGGUACAGCCCACCUUGCUGAAUGCAGUCCAAGACUCAGGGCUCCUUUUUUGUUUGUUUGUUUUUGUUUUGGAGAUAAGGUUUCCUGGUGCAGCCCUGCGAUCUUGGAAUUUACUCUUGAACUCACAGAGAUCCGCCUGCCUCUGCCUCCCGAGUGCUGGGAUUAAAGGUGUGCACAGCCA